UAUUCGCAGGAAGAGAGACCACAGCAGCAGAAGUAGCGAUAUGGAGCGUCUGGGCGGGAACAGUAGCGCUCUGCCGGCUGCCCGUGCAGUGCCAGACCCGCAGCUGCUCAGAGAUCCCCGCGUCCUAUGGAACCUUUUAGCUCACGAAAGGCGGCAAAGAGAGCAAAGUGGCAGCCACUGCCAUCAGCUAGAAAUAACGUUGGAGAUGCGGAAACUGCUGGCUACCUGGCUGCUAGAGGUGUGCGAACACCAGCAUUGUGAAGAGGGCGUGUUUCCACUUGCUAUGAGCUACAUACGGACAUGCCUGUCCUUGUUUCCAGUGGAAAAAAAAAACUUACAGCUACUAGGCACAGUAUGCGUUCUGUUGGCAUCAAAGAUGAGGGAUAUGGUUCCAUUGACCAUUGAGACAUUGGAGUACUACACGGCUUGCUCUGUACCCUGUCACCAAAUAAGGGAAUGGGAAAUCUUCAUUGUUGGUCACCUGCACUGGAACUUGGCAGUAAUAAUAUCACAUGACUUCCUUGACCAGAUUUUGGAACGAAUACCAUUGUCCACUGAGCAGCGUGCCUUACUCCGGAGAUAUUCUCAGACGUAUGUCACACUUUGCUCAGUCGAUUGUAAUGUCUCAGUUUAUGCUCCUUCCAUGAUCACUGCAGCCUGUGUAACAAAAGCAUUGUUCAGUUUGGGUCUGCUUCCACACCCUGGAGAGGAGAUGAUUACAUUCCUGGCAGCACUGAUUGAUGCAGCUACAGAUGAGUUGCUGAACUGCCACAUUCUGAUCGAAUCUGUUCUGACUGAAGACGCUUGGAGACCAAUAAUCUGCGACUGCGAGGCUACCACACCUAUGCUAACAUAUCAUAGCUUCAUAUAACGAUACACAUUACACAUUAACGGUUAAACGGAGCAACUUACAUCUGUGCUAUCACAUACAGAAAAGAUUUUACCAAUGCACCCCUAGUCAGAGCCCAGCUGGUUUCCUGGCGCUCUGCAAAUCAAAGGUCAAAACCUCAAAAUAGAAACGAAGUGUGAGCAGGUGAACUAGUAGAUGGGUCUGUCAGUAAAAUCUUUUUUGGCAGUUUGUAUAGAUUUAAAAUUUUGAAAGAAGUUAAAGAUUCAUUUUUGGCAGAGUUCAAGAUGUUAAGAUAAAAGGUUUGUUUUCUUCCAACUUUGCACCCCACCUACCCGAAACCUGGAACAGUCCGGUACCUUCUGAUCCUCUUUAUACUGCACCUUGCCAAUUUCAUAGGGUUCAUUGAUGCCUCUCCUCUGUGAGAAUCUGAUUAUUCAUGUCAAUGUUGAGGGCGCAGUAGAUUAACAUCAACCACUGCAUGUUUAAAACUGGUCAUCCCUUAGCAGUAUAGAGUACAGCUUUGGACCAUUAGGUAUCCUGUUGGAGUGAAAGGAUACUACACUAUUGAAAUGUACUAUUUGUUGUGGGGAGGGGGCGCAGAGGUGGAUGUCUUAAUAGAAGUAGGCCCCCCCUUUUUUAUAUAUAUAUAUAUAUAUAUAUAUAUAUUAUCCAAGGAAGUCAAUGGCGGCACUCUGGAGACUUGGUUAAAGUGAUGAAAAAAUGGUGCUGUUUAUUUCAACGUUUCGGGGUACUCGCCCCCGUCUUCAGGAAAAGCAUAUGCUUUUCCUGAAGAAAAACAGCACCAUUUUUUCAUCACUUUAACCAAGUCUCCAGAGUGCCGCCAUUGACUUCCUUGGUUAUAUUAGCAGACUGCACAGCCUGCUUAGGAGGGCACCGGAGCAGGAGCUUCAGCUCAUUCAGCUUAAAGAAAAGGAGAGUGCCAGACAUAUUCACUGUUUAUAUAUAUUGGGUGGAGUUCUCUGUUUUAAGGGUCACACAUCUACAAAGCUUCUAUAGAUUAUAUUAGAGGUUCACUUUUAUUUAAAGUUAUAAUGAGACAGUAACAUAAAAGUUUGGCGGAUGUGCUGUGAGCAACAUAGCAGCAUUGCGGUCAGCUAUCAUACAAAUGGUCAUGGAGAACACAUAUGACCUAGUUUUCAGCUUUCAAAAAAAAAAAAAAACAAACCCAUGGAGAAAUCAGCCUUAACGUAGCUCUUGAAAAGGCAAAAUGGUUACAUCACACAAGGAAGAAGAAAAUACUCUUUAGCUUUGAAAGUACUGUGGCCCUACGUUACUGAAGCUGGGCAUACACUUGAAGAUUAUCUGUCCAGCUGCCCAACUAGUUGGCUGGUUGGCAUAAAAAUCUAGUAAUUAGAGUAAAUGACAAUCGCCCAUAAACGCUCUACUGAUUGGAGUAUUUCAUUUUUCUUCAUCUGUUAUAGACAUGUUUGUUGUAGUUAUCCUUUAUUAAGAUAAACAUCUCCAGAAUAAACAGUAUUGGUAAAUAUAGUACUUUGUCCUUAUUGGGCUAAUGUAAGGUUACUCUCUUUCCUGAUCUCUUACCAUGUUGGACAUUGUAGCAUUGUUUCUCUAUUUUCAUAAAAAAAAAAAUUUCCUAUUUGUUCUGUUUCUGUUCCCUAAGUACAUGGUAGGUGUUUAUUCAUAGAAUAGCAUGUACCUAGAAGCAUUACUAUUAAAAACAAAAAAAAUCUUUGGUUUC